AUGAGCACCACAGCACUGCCGCCAAACGCGGCCGUGAGACGCACCGUCACCGUCGAUUCCAUGCCCUCAACGGCCUCCAACUCGACUGUCCACACCCCGGACGACUCGCCCACCGCGUCCGCUUCCUCGACAUCCCUGUCUUCGCUCGGAUCGGUUGAGGACUUCCAGCAAGAGCCGAAGCAGAAGCUCGUGGACACCUACGGCAACCAAUUCAAGCUGCCCGAUUACACCAUCAAGGACAUCCGCGAUGCCAUCCCAAAGCACUGCUUUGAACGCUCUGCCGUCCGUGGUCUGAGCUAUGUCUUCAGAGACAUUGCUCUCCUUGCUGCCACCUUCGCCCUCUACAACAAGUUCUGCACCCCAGAAUAUGUGCCCUCGUACCCCCUUCGCGUAGCUCUGGGCGCUGCAUAUACUUUUGUGCAGGGUCUGUUUGGUACCGGUCUCUGGGUGUUGGCGCACGAGUGCGGUCACCAGUCUUUCUCUCCAAGCAAGACGCUGAAUGACACUGUCGGCUGGUUCUGUCACUCUGCUCUCCUCGUCCCGUAUUUCAGCUGGAAGAUCAGCCAUGGCAAGCAUCACAAGGCCACCGGCAACAUGGAGCGUGACAUGGUCUUCCUCCCGCGCACCCGUGACGAGCACGCGACUCGCAUGGGUUACGUCCUGCAUGAAAUGCAUGAACUCCUGGAAGAGACUCCAAUCUACACUGCCACCUCGCUCCUCGGGCAGCAGCUCGCGGGUUGGCCCAUGUACUUGUUCAUGAACGUGACCGGCCACAACAACCACGCCAAGCAGCCAGAGGGCAAGGGGGUUGGUCGGAAGAACGGCAACGGCAGCGUCAAUCACUUCCUGCCAAGCAGCCCUCUGUACGAGAAGAAGGACGAGCAUUUGAUCCUGCUCUCUGACCUCGGGCUGUUUCUGGUUGGCAGUGCCCUGUUCCUGGUUGGCCGCACGUACGGAUGGACAAACUUGCUGGUCUGGUACUUCUUGCCGUAUCUCUGGGUGAACCACUGGCUCGGUAAGUUGAAUUCUGAGAGCAAGAAUCAUGGCCUUCCUACUGACAAUCAGCUGCAGUCGCCAUCACUUACCUCCAGCACACCGACCCUUCGCUCCCGCACUAUACCGGCGAGGCUUGGAACUUCACUCGUGGUGCCGCCGCAACCAUCGACCGUGAGUUCGGCUUCAUUGGCCGCGAGCUCUUCCACGGCAUCAUCGAGACCCACGUCCUCCACCACUACAUCUCGACCAUCCCCUUCUACCACGCCGACGAGGCGACCGAGGCCAUCAAGCCGAUCAUGGGCCAGCACUAUCGAUCUGACACCAAGGACGGCCCACUUGGCUUCAUGAAGGCGAUGUGGAACAGCUCACGAUGGUGUCAGUGGGUGGAGCCCAACGAGGGUGCCAAGGGCGAGGAGUCCAAGGUCCUUUUCUUCCGCAACAGGAACGGACUUGGUAUGGCUCCAAUGAAGGUCGCGGCUCCUGGCGAGCAAAAGCAGAGCAUAAUCGUCGGCGACGAGAGCGAAUGA